UACGUUUUAUUCCAACCCGAAAAAUUGCUUUCUCGACGAAUUAGCAGAUACGAGAGAACGCAUACGCCACGGUCGCAGUCACUCUCGACCCAUGCGCCUCGCUCGUGUCGUCCAGCAACCAAGAAGAUCCUUCACUCUGAUCGCAACAUCCAAGACCAUUUGUUACAUCACUUUGAGCUUUCUUUCUUUGCUGUUUAUCAUUUCCCGAUAUGCUGAACUUGGAAAUCGGCGCUAUUCUUCGAGGGACGUCGAGGCAUGAGGCUGAAAAUCUUAAGCUUCGAGGUGAAUCAGCUUAAUCUUGAACGACUUAAAGCAGUUUUGAGGACGAAACCUUUACGCUUUCAGAAGUCCAGUACAAGGCUGAAUGAUAAAAGAUCAGUUGUGGAGGAUUUCUGCAAACACAAUGAGCAAACCUCACCCAAGAGAUGGCCCAUGUGGCCCUCCCUCACGUCUCCAAGUUACGCCCUGUCUGGCGGAUGUUGGAUGGCCAUGACAGUGAUCGCAAUGUGAUCUUCUUGAAUCUGUAUUUCCACCGCGCUCAAUGGAGGCUUGUACCUGGGGCGGUCCCUGGUGACAUUUAAGGAGGUUCCUGGUUCGUCAGUGUUAUUUGCCACUACGUCUCAUCUGAUCGAGACCAUGGACGUCAACAUUAUCCCAGGUAUAUAUAUACCAUCAUCACUUGAGAAAACUGAGCAAGAGCGGCAAAGAUGAGAGAUGGCAAAUUGGCGCCAGAUGGUGAGCUCAUCCCAUGGGAGGAUGUUUACCAGUUCCGACGGCCACUUCCGAGCUGUCACACACUCCCGCAUGAGGGAAAAUGACAUCGCUCGGCUUCAAAGACUGCAGGGAAAAGGCCAGAGCCAUCUCGACGAGAAUCGCCGCAUCUAGGAUUGAUGGCCUCCGAUCCCAUAAAAAGGGGAACACGCCAGAAUGGGGAUGCAUUUGACGACCUCCUGG